AUUAGGUUCUAAUUUUAUUAAUGUUGAUCUUGUAAAUAUGAUUAUUGAAAAAUUUGGAAUUUCUAGAUAUUUUAUUCAACAACUUGCUCUUGGAUUUGGUGAAAUGGAUGAAGAAAUUAUAAAUAUAAAAAUUAAACAUAAUAAUUUACCACCAAAUAUUAAACCUACAAAAUUAUGGACUAGUAAUUUACCUUUAGAUGUUUAUUAUUUUAUUUUGAAAAAAGCAACUUUGAUAUAUGGUAACCAAUUAUGUCUUAAAGAAAAUGAUCUUGAAUUAUUAUAUCUUCUUUCUGGAAGUGAAUCUAAAUAUGAGCAAAUAGUUAUAGAAAUUAAUUCAAAUAUUGAUAAAAUUAAAGAAUUAAUAUAUAAAUUUAAACUAAUUCCAUUUUCUAAAAGACAAUAUA